UCCAUGUAGCGCUGCAUUGGCUCGCCACACCGCCAAUCCGUCUACCCAGCGCCGCGGAGGCUGGCACGCUUCCCCCGGAUCACUCUAGGACACCAAAAACUACUAAAUAAUGCUACCUUUUACGCACUGACUGAAUGGGGACUUCACCGUUAACGCGCGGACACCGUAAAACCGUCUUUAUCAGUCCACGGCAGGAGCAGGCUACACUCCGAGCGGAGUGUUGAGUUCUCCCGGUGUCCCCACGCAGCCUCCCCAUGCCUCCCUCUCCUCUGGACGACAGGAUUGUGGUGGCGCUGCCCAGGCCGAGCCGACCUCAGGAGCUAACUUUGUCCCUGGACUCCAGUUACCUGGACACCUUCAGCAGCGCUGAGCACACGGUCAUCAGCACCACAGUGGUGACCAUCCGGGCCACGUAUAUGCCCUCUUCCAAGGGCUCCACGCGCUCUCUGUCGUGUGGAUGUAGCAGUGCUAGCUGCUGCUCUGUCACCACCUAUGAGCGGGACAGUCCCAGUCUGAGCCACAGCAGCCCCAACCUCUCGUACGCCGGGACCCCCAGCCCUCAGCUGCCUCCGCUCCGGAGCCAUGAGGCCCGCAGUGUGCCCAGCCUGGCCUCAGGGCUGGCCCCCGGCACCCCCAAGGCCCUGCCCAGGGCGCUGCCCACAGCCCUGCCCAAGCUGCUGCCCUCCGUACGCCUCAUGCACCCCAAUGAACUGGCCAAGAGGCUGAGCUGCUGCCCCCUGGGGCACCCCGUGGGGCCCGUUCCAGUCAUCAUCGACUGCAGGCCCUUCACGGAGUACAACAAGAGCCACAUCCGCGGGGCCGUGCACAUCAACUGCUCGGAUAAGAUGAGCCGGCGCAGGCUGCAACAGGGGAAGAUCACUGUGCUGGAUCUGCUGUCCUGCAGGGAGGCCCAGGACUCCUUCAAAGGCCUGUUCUCCAAAGACAUCGUGGUGUAUGACGACAGCACCAUGGACCCUCACCGCCUCAGCCCCGCCCAGCCCCUGCAUGUGGUGCUCGAGUCCCUGCGCAGAGAGGGCAAGGACCCCAUGGUGCUCAAAGGGGGCCUGAGCUGUUUCCGGAUGAGCCACGAGGACCUGUGUGAGCACUCCCUGCACCUGCAUGACGGCCUGGACCCGUGUGCCUCCUCCUCCUCCACGGGCCUGACGGGGGCGCUACCUCACUCCCUGCCCCUGGCCCUGCCCUCCACGCCGGACUUCGAGAACGCCGAGCUCACCCCCAUCCUGCCCUCCCUGUACCUGGGAAACGAGCAGGACGCCCAGGACCUGCGGCUGCUCCAGAGGCUAAACGUGGGCUACAUCCUGAACGUGACCACCCACCUGCCCCUGUACCACUACGACACAGGGCUCUUUGUCUACAAGCGCCUGCCCGCCACCGACAGCAACAAGCAGAACCUGCGCCAGUACUUCGAGGAGGCCUUCGAGUUCAUAGAAGAAGCCCAGCAGGCGGGCAUGGGCCUCCUGAUCCACUGCCAGGCGGGCGUGUCACGGUCGGCCACCAUCGUCAUCGCGUACCUGAUGAAGCACACCUGGAUGACCAUGACGGACGCCUACAAGUAUGUCAAGACGCGCCGUCCCAUCAUCUCGCCCAACCUCAACUUCAUGGGCCAACUGCUGGAGUUCGAAGAGGACCUCAACAACGGCAUCACUCCGCGGAUCCUAGCGCCAAAGCUAAUGGGCGUAGAGACGAUUGUUUAAAAAUGAGGUUGCGUUCAUGUGCUGGAGAUUUGGAAGGGAAAAGUCAGAAUAAUGUUUGGGCUGUUUUUAAAAUAAACAUCCAAAACAAAAAUGUACAAAUGUUUAUAUUUUUAUAUUUUUCUACGGCGUAUAAUCACAUCUGUGCGCUUUUGAAUGCUAGGGAUAAAACAAUACAUUUAAAGGAGCAUAAUGUAACUUUUCAGAUAGAGGGUCCAAAUAUUAUUGCUUGGUUUGAAAUGUUCCUGUUGGCUUUAAACGUAUCUCCAUGGACACAAGCAAAUGACAUUACCAGACCAAGUUACAGGUCAGAGCUAUGGACAGUUGAUGCUACAAUGUGGUAUGCGUGUUUUUCAGGAUGCUUUGGUAAAUUAAAUCAUUUAAUGCCAUACUGUGGAACAUAGCAGGCCAAUUGAUAAUGUAUCCAUGGAGACAAAAAGAUGGUGGACCCCUUCCAGAUAAGUUACAGAGUGUGUUAGGCUACAAAAAUACAUUUAACUUUAUGUUUCAUGUGCAGAAGAUCUAGAAAUUUGAGAUUUUAACCUUAAACCAUUUACAUUUUGAAAGCAAAUAUUCAGAAUUCAACAAAAACAAGAUUUUUAGAAUGUCACGACGUCACAUGAACGCAACCUAUAAUGUAAAAAAAAAAAAAGGCCCCCAUACAAAAAAAAUAAAAUAGUCACAUUCAAGACUUUGCAGAUAACCCAAAGGAGGACGAAGUGGCUCAAGAAAAUGGAGGAGAAAAACAUUUGCCAAAAGAUUUCAAAGGGCAAUUACACUGACACAAAAAACUCUUUCUGGAGAGUCAGAACUAGGGCGGCCAUGGCAGUGCCUGUCUAAAAACAAAAAAUAUAUAUGAGUACUUAAUAUCUGACGUGUGUAUGUUGCUCUAUUUUUAUACAGGGGUCUAUGGGGUCGACCAGCCCGAAUUGUGGCUUUUACUGUGCAAUAAUUUUAAAAGAGUGGAAUGCAACAUAUAUCUGUAUAUAUUGGUAACAUUUACACAAGAUGGCCGGCGUUUUGCUGGUGACAUGUUUGGUUGUUGGAGUCGUUUUGGGGGGAAUCGGUGGGUUAAAGGCUGCUUUCAUAACUUGCAUUUAAAUCUGUUUUAAUAAAUUGAAUUAUAAAGUGCGUAUAACAGGUUUCUAUGAUUCUCAAAUGACUUUUUGAUGGGAUGAUACCUGUUGUAAAUAAAAAUUGUAGUUUUACACAGUUUAAGAAGCAAUUUGUGAAGAAAAGUUGAAAAAUAUGUGUAUUUUUGAGAGUUCUCACACAAGGGAGGAUUUUGCCCAAAUGUUCGGCACAAUUUACACUCAAGAAACUUUUUUUUUAGUGUAUUUUAGGGAUGUAACAAUUCUCUCGAUACAAAAUUUUCACGAUAUGCAUCCCACAGUAUGAUAUUUUAUGUAGGCCAACAAAAUUGUGAAUAUGCUACUUUUCUCUCGUUAUAAUCCAAAUAAUGAAGAUUUAAAAGUACUUAAUAAUCUUUAUUUCAGCGUGUAGAUUGGACUGAAACAGUGCAAAGGAUCUGUCAAAUAAUAAUUUCUGUGUAAAUUAGAGGAGUUAUGGCCUUGUUGCUAGGUAACAGUUACGAAAUUCCCUAGCGUAAUGUCAUGAUUUUUAACCAGGAAGUACAAUUUUAAACCUAAAAAAUGUGAAACUGGGCAAUUUUUACAUUUUCAUUUGGUAAAAUCUUAAAUAUAACAAACUUAACAAUGUUUUAGUAAAUUCAGACUGUUACAGGCACUUUAAUUUUGAUUCUAAGAGCAAAAUUUUAAUCUUUUUUUUUCUUGUCAGGUUGCAUGUAGCAUUAAAGAUUGUGUUAAAUACAAAAUACAGAAGACUUUUUUUUUUUUUUAUCUAGGUAGACAAAAAUAGACAGUACAUUCCCUUUAGUUUCUGUAUUAAUUUGAAUAAAAAUGAUAAAAGAUUGCAUAACAGGUUUAAAUGCAAGCUUUGAAGGCGUCUUACUGUUAGCUUGUUUUAUCCAUAAUACAAAACACUUUCUCGCAGCUUAUGCUUUGUCAACUGUUUUGAUUUUUAUCUAAUUUUAUUCACAAAAUUUAGGCAAUGACAUCUUUUUUUUUUACCCAUGGAUGCUUUACUGUUUUUGCCAGUUCUUACAGAUAUUACAAACACAUUUAGCAAUAGCACAUAUAGCGUAAACACACAACCAUACAGCCAUACAAGCUUUACUAUGCAUGGCUGUUAGCAAACGAAAGCAGGCUACGCUUUGAAUUAUGGAUAUUUUUAGCAGGGCUAUCAAUUCUUUAUUUGUUUUCAUGGUGUAAUUUUUAUUUUGUUUCCUUUUUUCUCGCAAAAUCGCGCGUAAAUACAAAUUCUAAUGCUAUCUCUUUAUUAGCUCAAUGCCCGAAAUGCUAAUGCUAAGUAUGCUAAUGCUAAGCUAAGUCAAACAAAACAGUUUAGUUCAUUAUAUUUCACUGACAGAGUAACCUAUAAUUUGGACAAAAAGUUGCUUAUUUUUUUACACUGUUGACUCAAAAUAUAAUUCAUAAGUCCCCAAGUUUAGCUUAAAGGUGUAUUGAGUAACUUUUCUGGCGGAUAGUUCGUCAAAAGCUUUUUUAAUGGAAAUGUUAUCGCUUCAUCUGGAAAGUUUCACAGUGAGAUUAAACCUUUCUAUCUUCAUGGAGACCAAACCAGACCAAGUUACAGGUCAGAUCUGUGAAGUGGCGACCUCACUCGCUGUCAGAAUGCCUGUUUUUGUUUUGUUUUUUGGCAUUUUUGAGCAGUAAAACCACCUGUAAUUGAAUAAAUGUAAAGGUAGAGCUAUUUAAUUUCUCACUGUGGAGCAUUCCAGGCAGAGCGAUGACAUAUCCAUAGAAAUCAGAAGGUGACAGACCCCCCAGUGAAAAAGUUACACAGUGCAGCUUUAGUUUUUCCACCCACCUGAUCAUUAUUAUUCUGUUGUGUUUUUCUUGUAUUUGGUGCUGCCACAUGCUGCUAGUGCCUCUAUCCAGCGCUCUGAAUUCUAUGGCACUAUCGAGUCACUCUACAGAUACAGAGACCGUGACCAACCCUGAGUAGAAUGCAGAAAUUAAAGAGCAUUUAAUGUAGCCGCGCGGUUAGUAAGUGAUUUGCUGAGCUAGGCAUGGGAAGCUGCCAGAAAGCCCGGAGGUACAGUGUCCAUUAUGCAACGCUGGUCCCAUGGUGCGUUUGAAGCUCGACCGAGAAUUACAAAUCAAGUCUAGAAGACAUGCACUAUGGUUUGGCAUGUCAUUAAAAUGUAAGACGAAUAAGAAGAAUAGAAGAAUUAAGAUAAAAUUGUUAUACUGAAUCACAUUUUUUAAGAUUUACCAAGAUAAUUUAGUUUUUAAUUUUGAGUAAUCCUUUAUGAGAUUAUUUCCUUCUGAAAGAUAAAAGUUAAACAUUAGGGGUGUAACGGUACACAAAAAUCACGGUUUAGUACGUACCUAGGUUUUGAGGUCACGAUUCGGUUAAUUUUCGGUACAGUAUGUGAACAAAAUGCAAAACCAUUUACUUGUUGUUUAUUUGUGUUUUUAUUAAAGUAACAAUUUAUUUUAACAUUAUACAAACGGACAAUAAAAUAAAUGCAAAGUGCUGCUUGGUAAUACUAAUAAGUUAAAUAAAAUAUUGUCAGAUAAGCAACAAAUGUGUGAAGUAUUAUACAAAAUAAAUUCCUUGUAAACAGUCAACAAAACUUUUCAAUAAGUAAAGUGCUGCACUAACAGUUCCAGCAUGAAGUUUUACUCAAUCUUCAUAUUUUUGGCCAGAAAAACCAACUUGUCCACAUUGUCUGCAGUAAGUGCAAAUCUGCUGCAGUUACAACGUCCCCAGAGGCUGAAAAUACACUUUCACUCGGGACAGAGGUCGCGGGUAUGGGAGGGGUGGGGGCAAAAGGUGAAAAGCGAGGACCAGGACGCGACCAACAUAGAUUUGCGAGGAUUCACGUGGUUCGGAGGGAUGUAGUCAAGGCGAGGGACAAUUGUUGUCAAAGCGGACACCCUAACUAUAAAGCUCUGCGGGAAACACUGUCCCAAUCACAGACGAAUUCCCUAGUAAAUAUUAAAGAGCCAAGCCUUCUGUGUAGCUGCUCAUGUAGUGGCUGAAUGUAAACACACAGAAACUGCGCAAACUCACUCGUGCACCGCCCUGCACCAAACCGAAUGUCCUGUACCAAAACAGUUCAGCAUGAAUACAUGUACCAUUACACCCCUAUAAACAGUCAAUAUAAGAAACUGACUCCAAUUCAAAACUCAGAACAUAGGAUUCAUUAUGAUCAUCCUUCCUUUCGCUACAAAACACUUAUCUCCCCGUAAGUAUGUUGACAAUAUAGCCACGCUGCUAAUUUGUACUUUCAAAAGGUUUCAGUCCCAACUGUGGCCAGCAGAGGGCAUUACACACCUUAUCCAAGUAUUCUAGAUGGAACUAAAAUCACUGGUGCUGAUUAACAAUACAUUCACCUUAAAAGUAUUCAGUAUAUUUUAGUUUACGAAGUCAUAAUCCAUCUAAUUAUAAUGACCGGGGAAGUACAUGUGGUGCGCUGUUAGCUUGCUAGUUGUUGGUAGCAUUACAGAGGCCAGUACUGCAUCUGUACAUCUGAAAGGUGGUGAAUAAAAGAUGCUAGGAAGGCAAUAGAAACGUGAGGUUGGACUGCUGCAAACUAUUUCAAAUGUUUUCACGUGUUUUUAAGUUUUAAAAAUCCAAUACCGAACCUUUAAAGGCUCCCGAAAAUGUUAACUAUGGGAGCUUUGAACACAGGUAAAAACGUGUACUUAGUUUAUCCAUUCAGUGCAACUCCUCGCUAUGCAAUUCAAAUAUAGCAGGCUCUUUUCUUGAUACCAUGUGACUGUUUCGUUAUAGAAGAAUGAUUUUUUGCAGUUUGCUCUUUUGAAUUUCAAAGUGCUAAUGUCGUGUUUAGUUCUUGCUGUUUAUCUUGCUGUCUCACCUGGUGCUCCACAAUAUUCAUGCACAUUUGUAGGUUGUGAUUAACAUUUGUUCGGUGACAAAAGACAGAAAAGAGGCUGUGUUUUAAAAUAAGAAAUUGUGUGUGGUCAAUGGGUUUCUCUGUAAAGGUCUAACAAUGUUGUCUUGUAUAGGACUGGAGGCAGGUUCGUGUGCUUUUGGCCUAUGAGGGUCACCGGCCAUUACUGCACUGCUGGAUCUAUUACUGCUGUGAAAUAUUUGGGGUUUUGUGCAGAGAUUUUGAAAAAAAAUGUACAAAUGUCAGAGAAAAUUACUAAAAAACUGAUACAUAUUCUGUUAAAAAGUUGUGCUUUAACUUUGACCUGAGUUUUGACUUGCAGGCUUACUUGCCAACAACAAAAACCAAAUGUGCAAUGGACAGAAAUAAAACUAUCAAGGUUGAGUCAGAACUGUUAAACUAGAGCAAAAAAUAGGGAUAAAAUAACACAAUAUUGAGCUGAAUUAUACCAUUGGGAAUAAUACCUGUCAUGCCAUUUGGAUUAACUGUUUUAGAGCCUGUAAGUCGUAACUUUGGGCUAAAACUUACAUAACUAUAAUUUAAAAUCUGUAUGUAGAACUGGUUUUAUGCCAUUUGAAUAUUAUCUAAUCUUUUUAUCAUCCGAAACAUGCACAAUUCUCAUUAUGGAUUUCUGCAGUAAUAACCCAAAUUGCAGAGGUCAAAGUAACACAGUAAGCAUAUAUUCUAUUUUCUUUGUAUGCAUAUAAUAUUGUUGACUAUUUUUGCACUGACUAUAUGGACAAAAGGAUUUAUUUUUUCCACAAAAGGUGCUAUUAUAUCGGAGGCCUUCUCCCACACCUUUUUGCAUGAAUGCUCAAAAGAGAACCCUGGAAAAGGACUGGCGUCUCUUCUCCUUCUACAACUACUUCUACUUCUACUCCUCCAAAUGUUGCCAAAACGAAGCACUGUACUUUUGUAACUUCAACUUGUGAGCUUUGAAAUAAACAGGCUUCAAGUUUG